AAUUCAAGAGGUUGACUCGUCGAUUUUCUUUUCUUUUUUGUGUCUAAAGCUACCUACGGGUACAUUGCUUAGCAUAGGAAGAUCCAACUUAAGUGGAAUCAGGCAUAUUCGAAUCUCUUUGAUAAAGCAAGAAAUCCCUCUCUAGGUAGAAAGAAAGAAAGAAAGAAAGAGGUGCCCGAUUUCUUUUCGCUCUCUCCAUCCAAUUUUUAAUCGUUGUCUGAUGAUUGAUGAGAGGAGUGGAGUGGGAUCGAUCGGUUACAGUAGAGCCCCGGGAAUAAAUGCCUGAAAGGAUCUCGAGCACACAACCCACAGCAACAGCGACAAAGCACGCCAUCGCCAACGAUCGAAAAAAUCUUUUGUCUCUCGCGAAAUGUUGGCGUUGAUCGGAUCAAACCCCUCGUUGCUCGCGAGGUGGGUUCCGGCGAAUUGACGCGAGAUCGAGGAUAUAGGAGCGAUCGAUUCCAUUCGUCGAUCGAUCGAUUUGGCGAGGAUGCCACCGAGGUACUUGAAGCUGGGCGUGGGCAACAACACGGACAGGGACACGAGCUUGUUCCAGUUCCAGCCGGAUGAUCUUGGCGAGCAGCGGCAGCGAAUUUCUUCCUGGCCGGGAUUGCGGAGAGCGCAAUCGACGCGGGAGAGGCUGGAGUCUCCAUCUCUCCAGAAAUCGGUAGCGUAUAAUCUGGGCGGCGCUAGAGCUAGAAAGGAGGAAGAGAGCGUACCAAGGAGGGAUUUCGAUCUAGCAGUAGCGCAGCGGCAGAUCGAGGUUCCGGAGCUCCGGCGCGCAAGCUCCACCAGGGAAUCGACAAUCCACCAGGGACUGAGCGGCGAUCAUCAGGGCGUGGUGUCCAGCAUCGUCAAGAAUCUCAAGCAACACCAGCCGAAGAUCCAUCUCCCGCGCACGCAAUCCAUGCGCUACAACCGGAUCGUGUCCGCCGAUAGCAGCAGCGAGGAGGAUCUGGCAGCGGCGGCGGCGGCGGCGGCGGCGGCGGCGAGGGAGAAUCAUCAUCCGCGAGUCCUAGGGAUCGCGCCCCCGCGGCAUUCUUGCGUGGAGAAGCUGUCCCUGGACAAGGUGGAUCGCAGCAGCAAGCGCCUGGUGAGGAUCUCCGACAGCUACCAGACGCGCGAUGGGGAGAUCCUCUCCAUCGAGUGCGCGCAGUGUGGCCGAUGGCUGGGCACCGUCUCGCAGCGCCUCAAUCUCGACGAGGGAUCGCUCAAGCUGUGCCAGAUUUGCCAUCCCGUGCAAGAAUCCAUGGCGGCCAUGGCCAAUCCAGGGGAUAAUCCGACCAAGGCGGCGGCGGCGGGGGCGGCGGCGGAGGAUCGUCACAAGAAAGCGAGCGGCGGGUUCCUACGAGGAUUGCGCCGGAUGCUCGGCCUCAAAACCUCCAAGAACAGCAAAAAUGCGAGCGCCAGAUGAGAUCAAUCGACCGUGACUACCGCUAAAAUUUUCUGUGCGAUUUGUCCAUCCGGAAUAAGAAGCGACCUGGAAGAAGAAAGAAUCGACCAAGAACCCUAACCCUUAUUAAAAUAUCCCCGGCAUAUGCUUCGUCCCCAAUGCAAACAAAAUAGAAGGUUGUUCUCUC